AUGGGUUGUUCAUCAUCGAAAAAUGUUACAUCUGAUGUUAUAUCUAAACAUUUUUCAUUAAAUAAUGAAGAACCAUUAUUAAUGACGAAAACUAUUCCACAAUCAACACGUCAUCUUGAAAAUUAUCUUAUUAUUUGGCUUUAUGAUGAAACUUCAAAUAAAUUUGAAAAUGAAAUAAAACAAUUACAAAAACUUGUUCAUGGUGUAAAAACAUUUAAUAAUAUUGAUGCAUGUAUUAGUUUUAUUGAUGAUAUUGAAGAUGAAAAAAUAUUUCUUAUUAUAUCUGGAAUAUAUCGAACAUUCGAACGUUUUCAGCAUUUAUCACAACUCGAAAAAUUAUAUAUAUUCGAUCCUUCUUAUAAACGAAAUGAUGAGAAAUAUCAAAAUGAUAUUAUUCAAAAUAUUGAUAAUCUUUAUAAACAAUUACAAGAAAAUAUAAAAUUAUGUGAAAUGGAUUUUAUAUCUAUUACUAUUGUAUCUAUAUCAUUAGAAGAAAUUUCAUGGUCAUCAAAAUUAACAAAACAACAAGCAUCAUUUCUUUUUACACAAAUGAUGAAAGAAAUUUUUGCUCGUGUUAAAUUUGAUAGUUGUUCUAAAGAUGUUUUUAUCGAUUUUUGUCGAUUACAUUAUAUGAAUAAUAAUGAACAAUUAAAUAUAAUUGAUGAAUUUGCAAAAAAUUAUCGUCCAAAUAAAGCUCUUUGGUGGUUAACAAAUCAAUGUUUUCUUUCAAAAAUAUUGAAUCAUGCACAACGUACACAUGAAAUUGAUAUUAUUUAUAAACUUGGUUUUUUUAUUAAACAAGCAAAUAUACAACUUAAUCAUUUACAUGAUGAGAAUGUAUUAUUAAUGGAAACAAUUUCUAUUGUAUAUCGUGGUAAAACAAUGUCAUCUAUCGAAUUUGAUACUACAAUAAAGAAUAAUUGUGGUGGUUUUCUUGCAUUUACAAAUUUUCUUAUCGCUACUACUAAUAAAAAAGUUGCUAUUGAUUUUAUUGAUCGUCGACUUGCUAUGCAUCCUAAUAUGACAGGUAUUCUUUUCGAAAUAGAUAUCGAUCAGACAGUAUUUAAUGAAAAAAAUCCAUUUGCCUUAAUCAAAGAUACAGAUAUGAACAAAAAUGAAAUUUGUUUUUAUAUGAGUACUGUGUUUCGUAUUGAAUCUGUUGAACAAACUAUGAAUGAUACAAAGAUAAUAUGGUUCGUUAAAUUAAAAUUAAUUGAUGAUAAUAAUCAACAAUUACUUCAUAUUGUAGCAUCUACUCGAAAUGAAGAUAUACAUUCUAAUCCAGGUUAUUGUUUGGGUAAAUUAUUUAUGGACAUGGGAGAAUAUAAACGUGCUGAACAAUUUCUUCUCGAUUUAUUACAAGAUUCUACUGUUUGUAGUCAACCUCGACGUCUUGCACGUGUACAUAAUGGUCUCGCUGCUAUUUAUACAUAUAAUAAUAAAUAUGUCAAAGCCUUAGAUCAUUAUCAAUUAGCACUUGAAACGAGCUUGACUUAUCUACCAUCUAAUCAUCCAGAUCUUGUACCUAUAUACAAAGCAAUCGGUGAUACUUAUUUAAAUCAAAAAGACUAUAUUCAUGCUUUAAAAAACUAUGAGAAAGCAAUAGAAUUGUUGAAACAAGGCACGUCACAAGUUAAUACUGAGAUUAUUACUAAUCUACAUAUUUGUAUUAACAAGACAAAACAAUUGAUUGAGAGUAAUAAAUAA